CUAUAAGAGGGUGUCCCCAAGGGCAGCGCUGCCACCGAGACCUGCCCACCACCCCCAGCCGCCACCAUGCUGACCGCUGAGGACAAGAAGCUGAUCCAGCAGGUCUGGGAGAAGGUGGCUGGACACCAGGAGGACUUCGGAGCCGAGGCCCUGGAGAGGAUGUUCAUCACCUACCCCCAGACCAAGACCUACUUCCCCCACUUCGACCUGCACCAUGGCUCUGACCAGAUCCGCGGCCAUGGCAAGAAGGUGGUGAACGCCUUGGGCAAUGCCGUCAAGAGCUUGGACAACCUCAGCCAGGCCCUGUCUGAGCUCAGCAACCUGCACGCCUACAACCUGCGUGUUGACCCCGUCAACUUCAAGCUGCUGUCGCAGUGCUUCCAGGUGGUGCUGGCCGUGCACCUGGGCAAGGACUACACUCCCGAGGUGCACUCCGCCUUCGACAAGUUCCUGUCGGCUGUGGCUGCCACACUGGCCGAGAAGUACAGAUGAACUGCCAUCUGCGCCGGGCUGCCAUCAAUAAAGACACUUCUGCCGCA